GCCAGAGGAGUUCCAGGAUCAAGAAGCUCAGGAGGAAGAGGAGGAGCGUCCCAAACCCAAGCCGAUGGUGCCUCAGCUCGCCCCGAAGAUCCCUGAGGGAGACAGGGUGGAUUUUGAUGACAUCCACAGGAAGCGCAUGGAGAAGGAUCUGCUGGAGCUGCACACUUUGAUCGAUGUCCACUUCGAGCAGAGGAAGAAGGACGAGGAAGAGCUGAUCGGCCUCAAGGACAGAAUAGAGAACCGUCGUUCAGAGAGAGCUGAGAUCCAGAGGGUUCGAACAGAGAAGGAGAAGGACCGACAAAACAGGAUUGCGGAGGAGCGUCAGAGAAAGGAGGAAGAGGAUGCCCGGAGGAAGGCUGACGAUGACGCCAAGAAGAAGAAAGCGCUUUCUGGGAUGGGAGGAAACUUCGGAGGCUUCCUGGCCAAGGCCGAGACGAGGAAGGGCAAGCGUCUGACGGGUCUGGAGAUCAAGAGGAAGACUCUGACUGAGAGACGACAGCCGCUGAGCGUGGACAACCUGAGGGAGGACGCCCUCAAGCAACAGGCCCAGAAGCUGUGGGACUGGAUCUACCAGCUGGAGUCGGAGAAGUUUGACUUCAUGGAGUACAUGAAACACCAGAAAUACGAGAUCAUUGUGCUGCUCAACCGGAUCCAACACGCUCAGAAGUUUAAAAAGGUCCAUGGGAAAGGGAAGGUGGGCGGACGCUGGAAGUGAAGAGGAACCAGUAACUGGAACAGAGGGAAGGAAACUGGUCUCUGUGGUCGACUGGUUCCAGAGCCGCUGCUCAGACGCUCCCUCGACGGGAGGAAGAUGCUGAAUGGACUUGAUUAGAUGUGUUGAUAAUAAAAUGACGUGAACUCAG